AUGGUUUCAAUUAUGAAGUUUAGGAAGCUCUGCUAUGUGGAUGUGAAGUGCUCCUCACUUGGUUUUCAAUCUUUUGAAGCUAACAAGAAGAAGGAUGAGGGAGUGGAGAACGAAGUGGAAAAGAAGCAGCAAAUGAAGCAAAGCAAGAUGAAGUACAAGGAGUGGAGGUGCAUUGAUUACUGUUUAAAGAUGAUUGGGUACAUGUGCAGCACUUGGUGGCUUCUAUGUUUCUUCUACCAGUGCUUGCCUGCCACAUUACCUGGCUUUCAUGUACCAGAGUCACCUGGGGUGAGGCUAAGCCGUGAGGGUGUGACUGCACUUCACCCUGUUGUUAUGGUACCUGGCAUUAUAACUGGUGGGUUGGAACUCUGGGAAGGAAGGCCUUGUGCUGAAGGCCUUUUCAGAAAGCAGUUGUGGGGUGGUAGUUUUGCUCAAAUACUCAAAAGGCCUUUGUGUUGGUUAGAGCAUCUCUCUCUGCAUAAUGAGACUGGUUUGGACCCACCAGGCAUUAGAGUAAGGGCAGUAACAGGGCUUGUUGCUCCAGACAACUUGGCUUCUGGUUAUCUUGUUUGGGCUGUUUUAAUUGAAAAUUUGGCAAGAAUUGGUUAUGAAGGGAAGAACUUGUACAUGGCUUCCUAUGACUGGAGACUGUCUUUUCAGAAUACAGAGAUUAGAGACCAAGCUCUUAGUAGAUUGAAGAGUAAUAUUGAGUUUCUGUUUAUAACAAAUGGAUAUAAGAAAGUGGUGGUGGUGGCUCAAUCUAUGGGGGCUAUUUAUUUCCUCCAUUUCCUAAAAUGGGUUGAGACACCUCCUCCCAUGGGAGGCGGUGGAGGUCCUGGUUGGUGUGACAAGCACAUCAAAGCAAUCAUGAAUAUUAGUCCAGCAUUUCUUGGUGUUCCAAACGCAGUUAGGAAUAUAUUUUCAGCUGAAGACAAUGAUGAUGCAUUUGUCAGAGCUGUGGCCUCUGGCAUUUUAAAUUUUGAUUACCUUGGUCUUCAAACGCUAAAGCAUGUCAUGCGGGUAUGUAGAACAUGGGAUUCAAUCAUCUCAUUGAUGCCAAAAGGGGGUGAAACCAUAUGGGGUAAUUUGGAUCGGUGUCCUGAAGAAUGGCAUAACUGUGAUCAGGAAAAGAAGGGAUAUUUGAAGCACUUUGUAAGUGACUAUACUGAUAAGGGCAGUCAUAUGCAGGAAGGUCUCCAAGUAAAAGAACCUAUGGAGUAUGGAAGAAUAAUCUCUUUUUGCAAGGCAGUCUCACAGUUUGCUGCUUCACUUGUCACCACACUUGAUUCAGAGGAAAUUUCAUGGAAAAGUAAUUCUGCUACUUUUAACUUAUCAUGUGAGGAUUUGUGGAAUGAAUGUGAUGAGAUAAGCAGAGAAAUCAUCCCAAAAGUUGCUAAGAAAAUGGCUUAUACAGCAAGAACUGUUUUUGAUCUACUUAAUUUUUUGGCUCCAAAUAUGAUGAAGCGUGCUGAGGCUCACUUCUCUCACGGGAUAGCAGAGAACUUAGAUGACCCUAAAUAUGCCCAUUACAAAUACUGGUCUAAUCCACUUGAGACCAAACUACCUGAUGCUCCGGAUGUGGAAAUAUAUUGUCUAUAUGGUGUUGAAAUUCCUACUGAAAGAUCAUAUUUGAACAAGUUGUCACCUUCUGACAAGUGCAAGAGUAUUCCUUUCCAAAUUGAUAGUUCAGCAGAUGGAGAAAAGGGAAAUUGUAUACGAAAUGGUGUUCAUUUUGUGGAUGGUGAUGAAAGUGCUCCUGUACUAAGUGCAGGGUUCAUGUGUGCCAAAGGAUGGCGUGGAAGAACACGGUUCAAUCCAUCAGGAAUGGCCACAUAUAUAAGAGAGUAUCAGCACAAAAAUCCAGGUAGUGUUCUUGAGGGGAGAGGUCUAGAGAGUGGAGCACAUGUCAACAUUAUGGGAAAUGUUGCUUUGAUUGAAGAUGUUUUGCAAGUUGCUGCUGGAGCCACAGGUGCAGAUAUUGGUGGUGAUAGAAUAUUUUCAGAUAUCAUGAGGAUAUCUGAGAGGAUAAAUCUCAGACUGUGA